AUGAGCACUUCGCCGCUGCCGUUCACGACCAAGUCCCACGUCGAGCUGCAUGACAAGAGCGGCGCGUGCCUCCACAAGUCGCCAAAGCGCAAGUACGUGCAUACGAGCCACUGCGUGGACCUGCACCACCUGCAUGCGCUCCUCCGAUCGCUGCACGCGCCCGAGCUCGCCGAAAUCGGCGUCAUCGCACCCCCGGACGAGAGUGUGUGCACGUACCUUUUUCUCGACGACGAAGGCGACUGGGUCCAACUGACCAUGAACGACUUUACCCACGCAACGUCCAGUCCACUGCGCCUCAAACUCGUCUUGCGGCCCAAGCUGGACCGAGUGACGCCGCGGCAGGACGACGCUCCGGUACCACGACGCGUCAAGCGGCGCCAGUCUCUUCCACUUCCAGCGGCGAGUAUACCGGAGAUGAACGCGAUUCUGACAUCGCUGCCGCUCCCCAUUGAUGCGAUUCUGGUGCCCAACCGAGCGUUGACGAGCUUGGCGUUUGCAGACAUUUCGAGAACGCUCUACUGGCUCGAUGAGCUGCACGGCACCCUUGGCAGUGUCGAUGUGACCUCCGGCGCCGUGCGCGUGCUGCAGUCAAGCUUACGUCGGCCGCGUCAGCUGCACCUCGGGACGACGCACGGUGCUUUGCGCCUCUACUUUCUGCAAGGCGAUGGCGAUUUAUGUGUUUGCGAUGCCACCGGCGUCGUGUGCCUUGUCCAGUGUACGGUUCCACACGGCGGCUUUUGCUUGACGCCGAAUCUCGAGUCGCUGCUCUUCCUCGAGCCAGCGCUGGACGACGCCACCUACCACGUCGUAUCGUAUACGCACUAUGCGACACGCACCGCCGACGACAACAUUGAUGAGAGUGACGCGCGGUGCGUCCUCUUCAACGUCGACGCGCCAACGUUGACCGCAACGCCGUCCGCGCUGUGCAUGACGGCCACCGGCACGCUAUGCCUAGCCUGGGCAACGACGCAAUUUGUGACGGUCUGUCGUCCGAGCGACGAAACAAGUACGUCGGCCGAGCCGUGGGACUUUGCAAGCGUGAGCCAGCACCACGUCCGUCUCAUCGCCCCGUGCACUGCCAUCGCAUACCACGCUCCCUCGGAAACCUUUCUUCUGGGAUUGGCCGAGUCCGAGUCCGGUGGCCUCGCUCGGCUGAUUCUGCCACCAGACCACGCUCCGCCGACGCUGCAUGUGGAGCUCGAGCGCGCGUUGCCCGUAUUGGCGCUGACGCUUUCGGGCCGCGGCGAGGUUUUCUACUGUGUACGGCGCCAGGGGCACCAGCACGAUACGCUGACGUGGCACUUGUUGUCGGCGUGUAUCCGCGACGACGAGACAACGGUGCCCCCUUCCACGACACCACCGACACCACCAACGCCCGAGAGCACACCCAAGCGCGUGCACAUCAAGGUCGUCGUGCGCUGUCGGCCGCUGCUCGUGCAUGAAGAGGCCGCCGGGCAGCGGUCGGUCGUCGCCUGCGACGGCAACCGUGUCUACGUCGAGCCAAUUCAUGCGUACCAAAAGCCCCGCGCGUUCAACUUUGACAAGGUGUUUGGUCCGUCGACGACCCAAGAGGAUCUGUUUGCGACUUCGAUUCGGCCCAUUGUGCAGCAUGCGAUGAACGGCUACACGUGCACCGUGUUUGCGUACGGGCAAACCGGCUCGGGCAAGACGCACUCGAUGCAGGGCCGUCGCGGCGCGGACGCAGGUCUCAUGUACCGUGCCAUCGACACGGUCUUUGCGUCGCCUUGUAUCCGAAGCGUGCGCCUCUCGUAUGUGGAGAUCUACAACGAAGAGAUUCUCGACCUCCUUGCAGCGAGUCUCCGGCGGCAAAGCGACGGACCGCAUAGUGCGAGUCGGCCAAGCAAGCUGCACAUUGUCAAGCACGCGCUGCAUGGUGUGCGGGUGCAUGGGCUCCAAGAGGUGUCGGUGACAUCCGCUGCGGACGCCUACGAGCUGCUCGAGCUCGCGAUUCAUCGGUCGCAUGCGAUCUUCACCUUGUACACCGACACGACCCGUGCGUACUUUGCCGUCUUCUGUUCAAUCCGGAUCCAUAUACUGCGUCUAGUCGUCGAGGACGGCCAGUCGAUCCAAGCCAGCGGGCAGCUCCGUCUCGUGGAUCUCAGUGGCUCGGAAAACUACGAGCGGGCGGGGUGUCUCAAAGAUCGACAAGUGGAAGCCGCCAACAUUGGCCAGGGCCUCCUCGCCCUCGGCCGCGUCAUCAAGGCGCUCGUCGAGGGCUGGAAGCACGUGCCGUACCGAGAAAGCAAGCUCACGCGGCUCUUGGAAGAUAGCAUUGGCGGGUCGGCGGUAACGACGCUGCUGCUAGCCGUCGCACCGGGCAGCGCCGCCGUCGACGAGACGUUGAGUACGCUCUCGUAUGCGCAGAUGGCGCAGCGAGUCGUCAACCAGCCGACGCGCGUCCACGCCCUGCUGCAGCCGCCGCGGACCCACCAACCGAUCGAGCCCAUGGUUGUCGUUGCGACGCCGUGGGUCGGCCACGUGCCGAUCAAGACGUCGCCGCCGCGGCUGACGAAACCGGCGGACGACCGGGUGCUGCAUGCGACGACCGAAGAGUGGAGUGCCAACCUCUUGGUGCACAAGGCGCGUGCCAACCCAAUGCUGAGUCGACGCACGAUCGGGACACUCCAAAAAAUCUUCGACACGUACGACGCCAAGGCCAAUGGUGUCUUGUCCCGAUUCGAAGUUCGGCGUGUGUACAAGGAGCUCUUGGGUCGACCGAAAGAGAGCGCGCCCAAGACGCUGGCCUUUCCCGAGUUUGUCGCCAUCUUCCAGACCUUGCUGCACACCGAGCCGCAGAUCGCUCAGGAUAUCAUCACCGCGCACGGCUACACACUCAACCUCGAGGUGGCGCCGCUGCCGGCCGGCGUGCGGUGUCUGCGACAGCUGCAGCAGCUCCGACCCGCGUCGGCCCCCGCGUCCCGUGGGUUGCAUCGCAAGACAACGUGA